AUGCUCGCGCCAGUGGUCGCGACACUGUUGCUUUGGGUCUUGAGCGCAGCGAGCGAUUCGAAUUUGGACCCGAUUAAGAACUACUGCAAGCGACUGUAUCAUCAAUCUGCGGUGAAGAAUGGCAAACUGUAUAUCGACGGCGGGCUCGAGAUAUUUACGCCCAAAAAUGACUAUGGGACGGCUGAGGGGGGCGAGAUCCUGGGGUAUAACGAAUGGUUGAUCACACUGGACAUGCAAUAUUCCUGGGACUGGGAGACCAGCAACUUUUCAAUGAACGCCCUCAACAUCACCGCCGACCCAACCACGGGAACAAAACCAGCAAAUCUCAUCAGCGGAGCGCUCUACGCCGGAGCGCCCGAUGAUUCCAAAAUAUAUCUAUACGGCGGGACGACCUCCUUUCUGAACGAGAGUUUCCCCGGAUUCGAGUGGCCCGACUCGUCACAGUAUGCGCUGUGGUCGUAUGACACGGACGAUCAAACCUGGAGCCAGUACGACGUGUCGCUGAAUGUGCCCUACAAGCCGGCUGGAGGGGCGUAUGCCGAGGCAGCAGACCAGGGUCUUGCAUUUUAUCUGAAUGGGUGGCUUGAUAACGGAACGUCCAAUGAAUUCGAGAAUGAAUAUAACUUCCUGAAGUAUAUGGAUGGAAUGGUCGUUGUUAACACCAACACCCAGCAGGCGCGGAACUUGUCCACAUCUUCGCUGAACAACUCCCCUCGUGUUAAAGGUGGCCUGGCCUAUCUUCCAGGACUCAGCACUAAGGGGAUCUUGGUGGCCAUGGGAGGAGUGACGAAGCCGACGAGUGAUAGCAGCUUGGAUAAUAGAGGGACAUAUGUCUCCUUCGACAGCGUCGAUAUAUUCGACAUCGCAUCCAUGGGCGGCACAUGGUACAACCAACCAGCAUCGGGCGACAUCCCCGGACCGCGAACAGAUUUCUGCGUGGUUACGGUCUCAGCACCAGAUAACUCAAGCCACAAUAUCUACCUGUAUGGCGGGCAGGGCGCCAACAAUCUCUACGACGACAUCUACGUCCUCUCCCUCCCCUCGUUCCGAUGGAUCAAGAUGUAUCAGGGCGAGUCGCCUCGCUAUGGACAUACCUGCCACCUCGUCGGCAAUAAGCAGAUGCUGACUGUUGGCGGCGAUGCAUCGGAAGAUCUGAUGAGUGGGUGUGACUGGGAAGAAUAUGGCGUGGCCAUUUUGGACAUGAGUAGUAUGGUCUGGGGCCAUAUCUACCAUGCGCUCGAUGGGGAGUAUCAGGUGCCGACGAAGGUCUAUAAUGCGAUUGGGGGAGACGGACAGGGUAAUGCCAAUCUGAUGAAGCCCACUGGCGGGUUCAGCAAUAACCAAGUUGCGCGGUUCUUCAACGAGACUGCUAGCACCGAAUCUGGGAAAUCUACUACCUCUUCAUCAUCCACCACCAGCAGCAAGAUAAGCGGAGGGGCCAUCGCCGGCGCAGUCAUCGGAUCCGUCAUAGCCGCAGCAUUGAUCGCAGCACUGAUCAUCUACCUGAUCCGCCGACAGCGAAAGCAGCACAAGAACACCAACAUACCUUCACCAGCAACAACCGAAACUGCCGAGGCACCCCCGGACUACAAGCCUGCCCGACUAGACGGCGCCUUCUUCCGCAACCGAGGACAAGCUGCCGAGCUGACCAGCCAGCAGGUGUCUGCGCUGACGGAGCUGGGGAGCUCAAACCCGGUAACGCUGCAUGAGAUGGACGGGCAUCCGCGGGGACCAGCUGAGUUGCCGGGCACGAGACCGGGCGAUGGGCUCACGACCAAGUCGAGGAAGAAGUAG